AUGCUACGCCGGUUCAAGUUUUCCGGCUACACAAGCUGCAACACUUCGCAGCCGUCGCAACCAGCUUGCAAUCUUGCACAACAUCACAGAGCCCUUAACGAUUCCAAUCACGUGCCGCAGUGCGACCUGGAGGAUGCCAUGAGCAGAGGCCAUGUCGACUUCUCGACUCUGCUGUUUACUUACACUUUGCAGGUCCUGACUUCUCGCGCUGUUGCUCAGACGGUCAACAGUGGUAUUGGGCCACUCGUCCAACAGGCUGAUGCAAGACCUGGCACGCUCCACUGGGCCCUGGCCGUGAUCCUCAUUGUUGUGCUGCUCGUGGGGCUCUUCCGCUCUUACCGAAUCUUGAAACAGACUCAGCACCUCACCGUGGUGAGACAUGCCCCGGAGGGAAUGAGAAUCGUUGAGUGUGGUUCCUGCCAUACGGCACAGUAUGUCAGUGCCCACGGGCGUAUCUUUAUCUGCUGCAACUGCCACUGUGCCAAUCGGAUUCCGAUGGAGGCUACACGAGCAGAGGAGCUUACGGUGGCAGACGGGCCACUGAAGAAGUUCGAGUUCCAGAAAGGUGGUGAGAACUUCUGGCAGGAGGUGAGCCAGGAGGAAAUGGAGGAAGGUGCCGAGGCACCUGAGCCAGUAUUGCAGACGGGUGCAGACAAGCCGGCUCCUUCGCUGAUCGGAAAGGUGGACGUGGAGAAUGCCAGUGCCGGAGAACGAUUUCCGCAGUGUGUCGUUUGUUUGGAUGAGCCCGGCUGCAUGGUCUUGCUACCGUGCGCUCACGGAGGCGUUUGCGAGGCAUGUGUGACCCGCAUUGUCCAAAAUCGUGCAUUUGGGGGAUCCCAUUGUCCUCACUGCAGAUCGACCAUCAGCACCAUUGUCAAACUUGAGGAGGUUGAAGGGGAGCUGGCCAAGGGAGUCGAAUUGCGAAUACCGAUGGCCAGUCAUCCAACACUCAUUGAAGCCAGCAUGUCCAGACUGGCCAGCCAUGUCAAUAUUGUCGGGUCUACUCUGCGAUCUCGUCCAAAGGCUUUUUGGGACGUGCGGAGUUUCGCCUCAAGCCCGACACAGUCUUCCUCCUCCAGAGAGAGUCCAGCUGCCACAGGCCGUCACUCUCAACUGUUGAAAACGCCUGUGUCCGAGCUUGAAGUCCCUUCCGCACCUCUUCCCCUCGCGAAGGCAAGCGACAUUGUCUUCAGGGGUGCACUUCACGAGGAUGCUGAGGGCGGCGGUGCUCGACAUGCACCUGCUGUUUCCAAAAUGUGGAGCAACAUUCCAGCACAUGUUCGCGAGUCUUUUCGAGCUCCUUCCAACUUAGAAGACGCACCGAAGCCGUCUGCACCGCUUCUACUGGACAACGUGCUAUCGAAAGUCAAGACUCUCUUCGCAAGCACCGGCCUGGGACCAGCUAAAUGGUCGCAGGUUGCCAGACCAUACUACCAGGGAAAGAUUGCUCUGGCACCAUACCAGAAGGGUCAAAAAGCCGCCUACAACUAUCCGCCAGUUCUUGUUCCACGCGAGCUGGCCCAUCGCUUCCCUUUGGACAUGUAUGUCGACCCUGUUUUUCAAACAUCGGAUGCCUCACAACGCAUCCGCAUGAGGGGGUUCACCCUUUUCCCACGACUGCAGAGUAAGACAACUCUGCUUCUGGUCUUCUCUGGACAGCCGCUGAGUGGUUUGUGGACAGGUCUUCGCCUGUGGCUCGAUGCCGUGGCAGCUGGCUUUCAGCUUUUACCCAACACUCAGGUUCUAAAGCUGCACUGCGAGGAAGGAUGGUUCAACCGCAGAACCCAUCAGCUGACAAAGUUCCAGCUCAGACGGCAGGUUAAGGAGGAAGAAAUAUGGACGACUUUCGUCUAUCGUGGCAAGUGGAAAUGGGAAUACGAACGCGCUCUGCAUCUCUACAACAAAGAGUUGCCGGUCGUGCUAUUGCUGGAUUCCUUGGGGUAUGUGAGAUGGCAUGCAGUUGGAUUGCCAACGUCGGAAGCAACGGAGCUCUUCACUGCGCUAUCCCGUAUGCUGGCGCAUGAAAAGAAAUCUUUCACGUGA